AAUUGCAUAUCUAUAAAGCUCAGAAAUUUUAACUUGGAUAUAUAUAAGUAUCCGAUACGAUGUGUAAGAAAGACAUUAAUGAAAAUAUCUUACGGAUACUUACAUAUAGUCAUUUUUUUUUGAGAUAACAAUAUUUGGAUCUCAGUUGUUUUAUUCAAUAACUUUUUAGAAAAUCUAACGACUGAUAGAAUGUACAUCUCCCUUGCCUGCCUUUUAAGGUUCUAGUUGCUUUUUGUACGCUGAUAUCAAGGAUCGAAAGCUCAAAAGUUCAAUGGCAAUCUCCAAUCAUCAUAUUCGACCCCAUGUUCUUACAAAUUAAUACUUUACAAUCGAAGGACACAACGGGAAUAGGCAAUUGUUAUCAGGGUCGCGAGAAAGAGCCACUCCCAAUGACGGGCACCAUAGCGCCUCUUCAGUGCAACCACGAUCACUGCUACUCCCGUCUAUACUUUGCGAGUUUGAGCUUUCUUCGACCUGGUCGUUGUCACUCCAGUCUUCAAAAUGGUCCGAAUUCAAAGCAUCGCAAGAAGCUGUGGCUGCUUCCUUUGCCAUUGUUACAAUCGCCAUGACUAUCCACCAUAACUUUAAGCCGACACGAAGCAUUCGCUUUUGAUGCUAGUUGACUUAGCUUUUCCAGAAAUGACGAGUUUCUGAUAUUAUCUUAUCU